AUGGUGUCCUCUGAUCCUCCUUCGGGAAGGAACUCCCUUCGUAACGCAUUCGCCCCUGCGGAGGACGCUGUUUCUCUUCCUGAGUGGAACGAGAGAACCUCUUCCGUUCAGGUUUCACCUUUCGUCAACACCGAUGAGGAUGCCUUUGAGCGCCGCCGUCAUGCCCUUAACAGCAUCGACAACGCCCAUUUCGGCUGGCGCCACAUCCGUGCCAUCAUUGUCGCUGGGGUGGGUUUCUUCACUGAUGCUUAUGACAUCUUCGCUAUCAAUCUUGCCAUCGGCAUGAUUGGUAUUGUUUACUUCUCUGGCAAGAUCCCCACCAGCGUCGACACUGCUAUCAAGGUUUCUACCUCUGGUGGCACUGUUGUCGGUCAACUCUUCUUCGGAUGGCUCGCUGAUCGCAUUGGUCGCAAGCGCAUGUAUGGCUUUGAACUGAUCAUCAUGAUCCUUGCUACCCUUGCCCAGGCGCUUUCUUCCGGCUCUCCCUCUAUCUCUACCACUGGUCUUCUGGUCUUCUGGCGUGUUAUCAUGGGUAUCGGAAUUGGUGGUGAUUACCCUCUGUCCUCCGUGAUCACAUCUGAAUUCGCGACUACCAAGUGGCGCGGUGCCAUGAUGGGUGCGGUCUUCGCGAUGCAGGGUCUUGGUCAAUUUGCGGCUGCCAUGGUUGCUUUGAUUGUUACUGCCGGCUUCAAGGAGACCCUCCUCAACGCUUCAGAUGCUGGGCACUGCACUGGUGAAUGCGCUCUCGCGGUUGACAAAAUGUGGAGGGUCGUCAUUGGAAUCGGUUGCGUUCCUGCCGUCUUCGCUCUCUACUUCCGUCUUACCAUCCCAGAGACUCCUCGAUUCACCUUCGACGUUACACGCGACCACAUCAAAGCUGAGUCGGAUGUCGGCGCCUACCUCAAGGGUCGCAACGGUUUCCCCAUCGCCACCACCCGGGGGAACACCGUGAUGAGCUCGGAGAAGGAUGAUUCGCGCCUGCCGAAGGCUAGUUGGUCUGACUUCCGCCGACACUAUUCCCAGUGGAAGCAUGGAAAGGUUCUCCUUGGUACUGCUGCUUCGUGGUUCUUCCUUGACGUUGCUUUCUAUGGUCUCGGUCUCAACAACUCGAUUAUUCUCAAGGCUAUCGGUUGGACCGGUGGAAGCAACCUUUACGAAGUCUUCUACCGCAACGCCGUUGGAAACCUGAUCUUGAUCUGUGCCGGUGCUAUCCCUGGUUACUGGGUGACUGUGGCGACCGUUGAUACUCUGGGACGCAAGCCUAUUCAGCUGGUGGGCUUCGCUAUCUUGACCAUCCUGUUUAUCGCAAUCGGUUUUGGUUUCCAUCAGCUCAAGCACACCCACAACGGCCUCCUCGGACUGUACGUCGUCGCUCAAUUCUUCUUCAACUUCGGUCCUAACGCAACCACUUUCAUCGUGCCCGGCGAGUGUUUCCCAACUCGCUACCGCUCCACUUCGCAUGGUAUCAGUGCUGCCGCCGGAAAGAUCGGUGCCAUCAUUGCGCAGUGUGUCUUUGGACCCCUCGCUCACCGUGGCGCUACCAAGACAGAUGACUCGCCCUGGCUCAAUCACGUCAUGGAGAUUUUCUCCCUCUUCAUGCUCUGCGGGUUCCUCUCCACUUGGCUGAUCCCCGAGACCAAGCGCAAGUCACUUGAGGUGCUCUCUGGCGAGAAUGGCCCGACAGUCGUCGUCCAGACUCCUCGCACUGCUGUGCCUGUUAAGGACGAAGUGGACGCAACUACGGUUGCCACCACUACAGCCCCGGCUUCCGCUGAGGCUCACGUCUAA